AUGAGCUCCUCCAAGGUAGCAAGAUUGCAAAAGAAUUGGACAUCCGGUGAGAAACCCGGUGAUAAGUCGGGUGACGAAGCAAUAUUGGAAUGGCUACAAACACCUCGCAAUGCAGCACGCUUCAUUCGCAUAUGGAACAACAUUGCCGAAGCCGAUAGCAAAACCAGUUUCAGUGCCGAGCUUGCAACGUUUGUCAACAGCAUCAGUAGCCCUCAGCGUACCGCGUCAAGCAUCCAUAAACGAGCACAACGAUUUGACGAGUUGCUGAAAGAAACCAAAGCCAUGCUAUCGAAUGGUGCUAGUGAUAGAGCAAUUCUCAAGCAUUUUCCAUAUUACCAUGAAUGUAUGAAAUGCAUGGAAAGAGGACUUGAAGUGAUACGACAAGAGCUUGAUGCCAAAGGAGAAAAAGAUGAUUACUACGACAGGAUCUUUGAAGCGUAUCAAUCACAAAUUACCCAGCGUACUCGAUCAGAACGUCGAUCAAAAUCAGCUUCUCUACCGGAUACACCAUCACCCAUACUGCCUUCACGUGAUACGUUAUUUGACAUGCCACCAUCACCGUCAUCCUCGUCCUCAUCAUCAUCAAUAUCAAUGACAAAGCAACCAUACAUGGAUUCAUCAAUGGCAAAGCGACCUUCGAUUGUUUCAGCUUCUUCAUCAUCCAACGUAUCCAAUCAAAUAUCCUCCAGUCUUAAGAGAAAAGCUUCACAACAUCCUCGAGUAGAAUAUCCACCUCGUCCCAAUAAAAGAGGUUUCCGCAUUGAGAGUGAUUCCACUUCACCUUCUGAUAGUCGACUUUGUGUUGAUCCAACACUACCAACACCAACACCAUCAUCGUCAUCAUCAUCGUCAUUGGCUCAUCAACCACCCGCUUUAUCAAGGCCCAUUUCGUCCCCUCGUCGUCCUUUACAUAUACGACCUGAUACUCCAUCCUCCUCGAAAUCCAUCCCAUCGCAGCAAAGAGAACAGCCCAAAAAGAAACGAGUUUCACACCAGCAGCCAAGGAAUCAUCAUGCUCAGCAACGUUCUGAAAUGGACGAUACAGAAACCAUUCCUCAAGAGUUGACGCAAUUGCUCCAGGAAACAAACAAGUGUAUGCAACGAAUAAUGAAAAUCAACCAACGGAUCGAGAAACGAAGAUUACUUGUCGAAAAAAGGAAACUAGCAUUGAGCAGAUCACGUGAAAUGGAACGGAAGGCUGAUUUGAUUAAGACGAUGCUCGAGUCAGGGUUCUCGAAAGAGGAAAUUAGUGAAACUAUCAACAAAUAG